AUAAUUAAUUAAUUAAUUAUAUGAUAACAAUAAUAUCAAAAGACGGCUUGAAAAUCAGCAUUUCCAAUUAGAUUAUUGAGCUAGCAAAAGGAUUAGAACCUUAUUAAGUGGAUAAAGAUAUUAUUUUUUAAGAAAUAGUGACUGGAGACUUUUUAUAAACAUUUAAAUUGUUUUACGAAGAAUUCUAAUUUGAUGUUGAAAAAAUGAAAUUCCCAAAACCAAUUCAAUCUAAAGAAUAUGAAAAAGCAUUUGGUAAGGUGUUAUCAGAGCAUAUUAAGCCAUAUAUGGAUAUUGCGAUUCGAGAAAAAAAUAUUGAUAUUUUUAUUCAAUUCAUUCAAGGGGCUCACUUAUUUUAGGCAAAGCAUUUUAUAGAAUUUAUAAAUUGCUGUCUUGCAAUGGUCAUAUAAUUUAAGGGGCAAUCAGAAUAUGAUAUUAAAUAAUUUUAGAAGGACUGGAAUCUUUCUGAUCAAUAACAAGAAUCCUAAUUUAACUAGUAAAAUUUUGUAUUAUUUAGACUAUUUUUUUCGAAACUAUAAAACAAAUAUAUUCAAGUAUUAUCAGCCAAGGAUGGAGAAUAACAAGUAUAACAAAUACCUAUGGAAGAAGACUUAUUUGGUGAAGAAUGGUGAUUUUUACAUGGGCAGUAAAGUUGAUAAGUA